UGGCAUUAGGGUUUUAUGGUUUCCUUGCUUUAUAAACGUUCAUUCUCUGGGACGUAACGCCUAGUGAGAGACCAAAAGCUCUGUCAUAGAAACGGCCCCCUUUGGAGCAGAGCCAUGGUGCACGUUUCCUUUUAUCGCAACUAUGGGAAGACAUUUAAGAAGCCCCGUCGUCCCUAUGAGAAGGAGCGAUUGGAUGCAGAGCUGAAGUUGGUCGGAGAGUAUGGUUUGCGGUGCAAGAGAGAGCUGUGGAGAGUCCAAUAUGCACUGAGUCGUAUCCGUAAUGCUGCUAGAAUGCUUUUGACUCUUGAUGAGAAGAACCCUCGCCGCAUCUUUGAGGGUGAAGCUCUUCUCCGCAGGAUGAACCGCUAUGGUCUAUUAGAUGAGAGUCAGAACAAGCUUGAUUAUGUAUUGGCCUUGACAGUGGAGAACUUCCUUGAGCGCCGCCUGCAAACACUUGUGUUCAAGUCUGGUAUGGCAAAGUCCAUCCACCACGCUCGGGUGCUUAUCAGGCAGAGGCAUAUCAGGGUUGGAAGGCAGGUGGUGAACAUCCCAUCUUUUAUGGUGAGGGUUGAUUCACAGAAGCACAUUGAUUUCUCCUUGACUAGUCCAUUUGGUGGUGGGCGUCCUGGAAGAGUGAAGAGAAAGAACCAGAGAGCAGCUAGCAAGAAGGCUUCUGGCGGAGAUGGAGAUGAGGAAGACGAGGAGUGAGUCACGAGUUUAGGACCAUGCUAUUAGAAACUAUGCUCUACCAUCUCAGCUAGUUUUGUUGUUACCUUUCAAGGGGCUAGUGUUUUCUUUUUCUUUUCUUUUUUUGAAGAAAUAUUAUUGCACAAAUGGUUUCGUUUUUGAACUUUGAUAUUGGUUUUGUUUUGUGAUGAAUUAUGUAGCUAUGACCUGGGCUGAGGAUUAUUAUCA